CAUGUGCACUUCUGCCUCUCUGAAGCUCAGUUACGCUGCGCUGCUGUCCUCUCCUUAUCACGUUAUAUCAUUCCUUGCUGUAGACCUGUGACAACAGCGAUCACCAAUUUACAAAGAUGUUCCGUCUAGCCACAGUCAUGAGACAGGUGAGGCCAGUGUCGAGGGCUCUGGCACCCCACCUCACACGGGCCUAUGCCAAGGAUGUGAAGUUCGGAGCUGAUGCCCGUGCCCUCAUGCUGAAGGGAGUGGAUCUGCUGGCGGAUGCAGUAGCCGUGACUAUGGGCCCUAAGGGCCGCACGGUGAUCAUCGAGCAGAGCUGGGGCAGCCCCAAGGUCACCAAGGACGGCGUGACCGUGGCCAAGAGCAUCGACCUCAAGGACCGCUACCAGAACAUCGGCGCCAAGCUGGUGCAGGACGUGGCCAACAACACCAACGAGGAGGCCGGCGACGGAACCACCACCGCCACGGUGCUGGCGCGCGCCAUCGCCAAGGAAGGCUUCGACUCCAUCAGCAAGGGGGCAAACCCCGUGGAGAUCCGCCGCGGCGUCAUGAACGCCGUCGACGUGGUCAUGACGGAGCUGAAGAGGCUCUCCAAGCCCGUCACCACCCCCGAGGAGAUCGCCCAGGUUGCCACAAUUUCAGCCAACGGAGAUGAGGAGAUUGGAAGCAUUAUUUCCAACGCCAUGAAGAAAGUGGGCCGCAAGGGAGUCAUCACCGUGAAGGAUGGCAAGACUCUGCACGACGAGCUGGAAAUAAUUGAGGGUCUGAAGUUUGACCGUGGCUACAUUUCUCCCUACUUCAUCAACACCGCUAAAGGCCAGAAGUGUGAGUUCCAGGACGCCUACCUGCUGCUGAGCAUGAAGAAGAUCUCCACCGUCCAGAGCAUUGUUCCUGCCCUGGAGAUUGCCAACCAGCAGCGCAAGCCUUUGGUCAUUGUGGCUGAGGAUGUGGACGGAGAGGCCCUCAGUACUCUGGUUCUCAACAGACUCAAGGUUGGCCUUCAGGUGGUUGCUGUUAAGGCUCCAGGCUUUGGGGAUAACAGGAAAAAUCAGUUGAUGGAUAUGGCCGUCGCCACUGGUGGCACUGUGUUCGGUGACGACGCCGUGGGCCUGGCUCUAGAAGACAUCCAGGCUCAUGACUUCGGCAGGAUCGGAGAGGUGCAGGUGACCAAAGACGACACCAUGCUGCUGAAGGGCGGCGGCAGUGCGGAGGCCGUGGAGAAGCGUGCCGCAGAGAUCAUCGAGCAGCUGGAUGAAUGCACCAGUGACUACGAGAAGGAGAAGCUCAACGAGAGGCUGGCCAAGCUCUCCGACGGCGUGGCUGUCCUUAAAAUCGGAGGAACAAGUGACGUGGAGGUGAACGAGAAGAAGGACCGCGUUACCGACGCUCUGAACGCCACCCGGGCCGCCGUGGAGGAGGGCAUUGUGCCCGGCGGCGGCUGUGCCCUGCUGCGCUGCAUCCCUGCCCUGGACGCCAUGAAGCCCAUCAACGCCGACCAGAAGAUCGGUAUCGAUAUCAUCAGGAGGGCGCUCCGCAUCCCAGCCAUGACCAUUGCCAAGAACGCCGGUGUGGACGGCUCCCUCGUGGUGGAGAAGAUCCUGCAGGGAGGAGCCGAGCUGGGCUACGACGCGAUGAAGGGAGAAUUUGUCAACAUGGUGGAGACGGGCAUCAUCGACCCCACCAAGGUUGUGAGGACGGCUCUUAUGGACGCCGCGGGCGUUGCUUCCCUGCUGUCCACCGCCGAGUGUGUUGUCACGGAGAUCCCCAAGGAUGAGAAGAUGCCAGGUGGCGGAGGCAUGGGUGGAAUGGGCGGCAUGGGUGGCAUGGGAGGAAUGGGUGGCAUGGGUUUCUAAGCCAGCGCCAUAAACAAAGAUAAGACUUCGGGGCAGCGUUGUGCCAGGGAGAGAAGAGCCUUCCGGCCGCCGAGCUCCCUCCCACCACCACCACGGCCUGCCCAAACUGACUUGCCAUCAAGUUUUGUUGGGGCUGCAAAUGGUUGGUUGAACCCCCACUGCGCACAUCCGCCUACCACCCCUCUCAUUCCUCCCUCCCUCCCUUACUGGUUCCCAGAAGAAAGCCUUGCCCCACCCAGCACCACUGCGUCCUCCUCGCCUUUCCUAACCCAUGCACAUAAUAAAGCUCAUCAUCCAUGGACUGGGGGGCAGAGGACCAGCCAGUGUCCCCGUUUACACCCUCCAGUGCUGUCCAAGAAAUCAUUACGAAAGAGUACAAUAAAUGUAUAUGUAGGUGAAGCUGUAAAAUGAUAUAUGGGAGAAGAAGCUAAUGUACAUCUUUUAUUUUAUUACUCUUGCAAGAAAUAAUCUUAAAGAUUAUUUCUGUCAAGUGUUAUGAAUACUAAAAAACAAACUAUCUCUGUAUUAAUGUAAAAUGUUGAUGGAGAAAAUAGAGCCUAGCCAAGAAUGUUUCACCGUCAAAUGUAUUCGUUUUUUCAGUUUUGUCCGUUUUAUACAUGUCCUGGGUUCGUAUAUGGCUUAAAAACUCAACUAAGCUGAGCCAAUUAAACCAAUGUUCUCUGGCAUAUGAGCAUUUGCAGACAUUUAU